UCUCACGUUCUCUCUUUUUCUAGAAUUUCUAGAAACGUGCGUACAGGCGGUCGAGCCGGUAAAUCGUAGUUUUUAUUUCGCGGAUUUGUGGUAUUAAUUGCAAUUUCAACGAUGUAUCGUCUACCAUCAACCAUGCGGUCAGUGGCUCUGACUAAAGCCAACAAACUCCACCAAAUCCAGCGCUGGUACGCCAAAGAUGUGCGUUUCGGCCCAGAAGUUCGAGCCCUAAUGCUCCAAGGGGUCGAUGUGCUAGCAGAUGCCGUUGCGGUGACCAUGGGUCCAAAGGGGCGCAAUGUUAUCAUAGAGCAGUCGUGGGGCUCCCCCAAAAUCACGAAAGACGGCGUUACAGUCGCCAAAGGCGUGGAAUUGAAGGAUAAAUUCCAGAACAUUGGAGCUCGACUUGUGCAAGACGUGGCUAAUAACACAAAUGAAGAAGCUGGUGAUGGCACAACUACAGCGACAGUGUUGGCUCGAUCAAUUGCCAAAGAAGGUUUUGAGAACCUUGGCAAGGGGGCUAAUCCCGUGGAGAUUCGAAAGGGAAUCAUGUUAGCUGUAGAAAAAAUUACUGAAACAUUGAAGUCGUUAUCAAAACCUGUUACUACGCCAGAAGAGAUAUGUCAAGUCGCUACCAUUUCAGCCAAUGGUGAUAACUCUGUGGGUAACUUAAUUGCUGAUGCAAUGAAAAAGGUGGGGAAGGAAGGAGUAAUCACGGUUAAGGAUGGAAAGACCUUAAAUGAUGAAUUGGAAGUCAUUGAAGGUUUCAAAUUUGAUCGUGGAUAUAUUUCACCAUACUUUGUUAACACCUCAAAAGGAGCCAAAGUGGAAUAUCAAGAGGCUUUGGUCCUGCUCAGCCAAAAGAAAAUUUCAUCCGUUCAGAGCAUCGUCCCAGCCUUAGAGUUAGCAAACAUGCAAAAGAAACCUUUAAUAAUAGUAGCUGAAGAUAUUGACGGUGAAGCCUUGACUACCCUUGUCGUCAACAGAUUACGCAUAGGUCUCCAAGUCGCCGCUGUUAAAGCUCCAGGCUUUGGAGACAAUCGAAACGCUACCCUACAAGAUAUGGCAAUCGCAACCGGUGGCAUUGUCUUUGGAGAUGAGGCCAACAUUGUCAAACUAGAAGAUGUCCAACUCUCUGACCUUGGCCAAGUUGGUGAAAUUGUAAUAACCAAAGAUGACACACUUAUUUUAAAAGGAAAAGGCAAAAAAGAUGAUAUAACUAAACGCGCUGACCAAAUCAAAGACCAAAUCGAAAAUACCACCUCAGAAUACGAAAAAGAAAAGCUGCAAGAACGAUUAGCCAGAUUGGCUUCCGGCGUUGCAUUGCUGAAAGUAGGCGGUAGCAGUGAGGUGGAAGUUAAUGAGAAGAAGGACCGAGUAACUGACGCCUUGAAUGCUACAAGAGCAGCCGUAGAAGAAGGAAUUGUCCCUGGAGGUGGCACCGCUUUGCUCAGGUGCUCAAGCAGUUUAGAUAAUAUUAAACCAGCAAACAAUGACCAAACAAUUGGUAUUGAAAUCGUUAAAAGGGCGCUCAAAGUCCCUUGCAUGACUAUUGCGAAAAAUGCAGGAGUGGAUGGUGCUAGUGUUGUUGCUAAAGUUGAACAACAACAAGGAGACUAUGGCUACGACGCACUAAACAAUGAAUAUGUCAAUAUGUAUGAAAGAGGCAUUAUUGACCCCACGAAGGUGGUACGCACAGCUUUAAUUGACGCAUCAGGAGUUGCAUCCCUCUUAACCACCGCUGAAGCAGUAAUCACUGAAAUUCCAAAAGAAGAACCUCCAAUUCCAUCAGGUGGCAUGGGUGGCAUGGGAGGUAUGGGAGGAAUGGGCGGAAUGAUGUAAACAUCCUCUCUAAGAACUGAUUUUGUUACUAAACCCACCACCGCUAGAAAAGACAAUGCUAGUUAGGUUUUAGUUCAGUGCAACUUUCCAAGUGUGUGAACUUGUGAAAUGACAUUCGUGUCAAAGACUUCCACUAUAUCUUGACCGAACGUCAGUAACUUACAUUAAGUUUGUGUGGUUCUUUUGUUGAAUGUAUUUGCUUUCCGACUCCCAGUUUUGAUAAUAGUGAAGAGUUGAAAGCAUGUUCGUGUUAGUUUUAUUAUUUUUGUAACGCGACUGUAACGAAUGUAAAAUAUUGUAAUGUCACUAAAAGUUGGCAUGAACUUGAAGUUGUUAUAAUUUUUUUUUUUAAUAAAAUGGAAAUGAACUUCAAGUGAUUGUUUGAUCUGAUCCAUUUUUUUACCAGUGCAUUUAGUUUGUUUGUUAUUGAACUUGUAGUAUUUGAAAUAUGUAAAAAUUACAUUACUUGUUAAAAUAUAGUUAUUUUUUACAA